UGAAACUUGUAAAAUCCACGAAAGACGUCAAGUUUCUGUUUUACUUGUAUUGAUAAUUGGAAAAUUAUAUUAUAAUAAUUAAUAUUCAGCUAAAUUUAAAUAGAACAAUUAUACUGCUACUGCUGCUACUAUGUAGUAACUUCCAGUGUCAGUGCGUCUGUCCCAAACAUCCCACGAUGUGCCCAACACUGCUCCAGUGGCAACUGACAAUGCAGACUGAUGCAGACAAGCAACGCUGGUAACUGUACCCAACUGUAACGCCUAGCGUAGGUAACGGGGGUAACGGUAUCACCGUCAACGUCGUUGCACGCCGUUGAUUGCGUUGUUGUAUGUUAAUGUAAAGUGAUGUAAAGAUUUGUGGGUUAAUAAACAUUUGCAAUACAUGGAUUGUAUUGAAUGUUAAUCAUAUAUUAAUUUCAAUAUAUUUGAAAGAGAAGUGCCACAUUCUGUAACACCCAAAUGGAAUUUUUACGAUUUACUCGACGACUGAAUUAUGUUUUCCUACCGAUAUAUUCAAAUUCAGUUUCAUAUCAUCACAGUGUAAAGCACGUGCAUCCGAAUGCAACUGUAUCAAGCAUAAAACAAGGAACAGUAAACAAAAUAGAGCAAUUAUCUCUGCUAAGUGUUGAUGGUGAUUAUGGUCUUUCCGUUCUAAAGGCAGCAAUUGAUUUUACGGAACCUUUACGUAUUACAAAAGUCGAAGAAGAUGUUGAACCAAUGUAUAGCCCAUUUGAAAAUGAAUUGAUUCCUUUAAGAAAUGAUUGUAUUAACAAUAAUGCAUCUAGAGAAGAUAUUUUGAAGAAUGCUGUCGUUUUAGAAGAAGAAUACUUUGUAGCACCAUUGAUAAAUACAAAAGCAUCAUGACUAUAACAAAUAUUCUAAAAGAAUUAAGUACACACUUUGUUAGUCUUACAGAGCAUAGUCUUAUGUAUGGACCUCAAGGGAAAUUGUUCCUAAGA